UCCCCACCCCCACCCUGGAACCAUGGGGGUCCGCGGGGCGCCGCCGGCGCUGCUUUUGGGGCUUUUUUUGGUUUUUUUGGGGGUUCCCCCCCGGGUGGGAGCCGGGGAUUGCAAAGGGCAGCGCCAGAUCCUGAGGGGACCCCGCGGCUUCGUCACCGACGGCCCCGGCAACUACUCGGUCAACGGCAACUGCGAGUGGCUCAUCGAGGCCCCCAGCCCCCGGCACAGGAUCCUGCUGACGUUCACCUUCAUGGACACGGAGUGCACCUACGAUUACCUGUUCGUCUACGACGGCGGCUCCACGCGCAGCCCCCUGCUGGCCGCGCUGAGCGGCAGCUCCCUGCCCGCGCCGCUCGAGGCCACCUCGGGAAAGGUCG